GCAGUGGGGCUGUGCUGCUGCCGCCGCCGCCGCCAUGUCCGGGCUCGCGUUGCUGUAUUCGGGGCUGGGACUGAGUGUGGCCGCCGCCAUCACCGGCAUUGGGAUCUGCUACACAAUAUUUGACCUGGGCUUCCGUUUUGAUGUGGCAUGGUUCCUGUCAGAGACCUCGCCCUUCAUGUGGUCUAAUCUGGGAAUUGGGCUGUCCAUCUCACUGUCAGUGGUGGGUGCUGCCUGGGGCAUUUACAUUACUGGAUCCAGCAUCAUAGGUGGUGGUGUCAAAGCACCUAGAAUCAAAACCAAGAAUCUGGUCAGCAUCAUCUUUUGUGAAGCUGUGGCCAUCUAUGGGAUCAUCAUGGCCAUCGUGAUCACCAACAUGGCUGAGGAAUUUACUGCUGUGACUCCUGAGAAAAUUGGGUCCCACAACUAUCAUGCAGGUUUCUCCAUGUUUGGGGCAGGGUUGACAGUGGGUUUCUCCAACCUCUUCUCUGGUGUAUGUGUGGGCAUUGUGGGCAGUGGUGCAGCACUGGCAGAUGCCCAGAACCCUAGCCUGUUUGUCAAGAUGCUCAUCGUGGAAAUCUUUGGCAGUGCCAUUGGGCUGUUUGGAGUCAUCGUGGCUAUCCUGCAGACAUCUAAAGUGAAAAUGGGUAACUUCUAAGCCCCUUGCCAUCCCAUCUGUCUGUCACUUGCAGAUUGUGUACAUAUUUAUUUAAUGUCUCCUGUUGGCUUGGGGCGGAGCUUGGUGUACAAAGUUAUUCCUGUGAUCUUUGCCUGCCGGGCCAUGGAAGACACUGAUCAAUUUGAUAUGUAUGUGUUGAGAAACUUACCCUGUCUU